AGCUACCACAGUUUCUUAAACAGCAGAACUCAUGGUGAAGGGGACAGGGAGAAAUUUGUAGUGUAACCAUGAGAGGUACCACUUCUAUCUCUACUUCACUUGCAGGACCAGUUCCUCUUUGGUUACAAGCAACAGAAAUUGCCUUUGGCUAACUUAAGCAGAAAAGGGGGAUUUAUGGAUAGGUACUGGGUAAGCUCAGAGAAGUGAAGGAAAAUAGAAUAAUGAAGACUUGGAAAGGCCAGGGCACAGCAGCUUCUAGAAUCACCUGAGUCUAACUCAGGCUCAGCCACUUUUUCUUCUUGUGCACAGAGUUUUUUUGGUCAGCCUUGUGCCUACCCCAGAGAUGAGACCGUGUUUUGUGGUCCUGUCAGACCUCGGGAAUGAGGCAGAGAAGCUCUCCAAAGGAAAGACGAGGUGUUGUUGCCAGAAGGCCAAAAACAAGAUAUUUCCUACAGAGUUCGUUGGAUUUGGUAAUGUGGAGAUCUUUGGGUGAGCUUGAUGUAAGCAGUUUUAGGAAUAAAAACCAGGUAACAAUGAGAUGAAGAGUGACUGAAAAGUGAGAAAGAAAGGACAGUGAGUAUAAACUACUCUUUCAAAGAGCCUGAUGGUCCGGAGAGAGAAAGAAUGGGAACAUCUAGAAGCUGUGUCAAGUAAGAAGAAAACAUAACUUAUAGACCAUCUUCUGGCAGAAGAUGAUAAAUUUGGAUCAGAAACGGGAGGUAUUGGAAGCCAGGAAUCAAAAGUGAAGAAAUUCUGCAAGCCCUUAGGUUCCUAUCUUUGUAACCAUGCCAGAAAUGACAGAGAAUGAGACUCCUACAAAAAAGCAGCACAGAAAGAAAAACCGGGAGACACACAAUGCAGUGGAGAGGCAUAGGAAGAAGAAAAUCAAUGCUGGGAUUAACAGAAUAGGAGAGUUGAUCCCAUGUUCCCCUGCACUGAAGCAGAGCAAGAAUAUGAUCUUGGACCAAGCCUUUAAAUACAUAACAGAAUUGAAAAGGCAAAAUGAUGAACUCUUGCUUAAUGGAGGAAACAAUGAACAAGCUGAAGAAAUUAAAAAGCUACGUAAACAACUGGAAGAAAUUCAAAAAGAAAAUGGCCGAUACAUUGAAUUACUGAAAGCAAAUGACAUAUGCUUAUAUGAUGACCCUACAAUCCACUGGAAGGGAAAUCUUAAAAGCUCAAAGGUCUCUGUUGUUAUUCCCAGUGACCAAGUUCAGAAAAAUAUUAUUGUUUAUUCCAAUGGGAGUCAGCCUGGUGGAAACAGCCAGGGAACAGCUGUUCAGGGGAUAACCUUUAAUGUUGGUCAUAAUUUACAAAAGCAAACCGCCAAUGUGGUGCCAGUACAGAGGACUUGCAAUCUCGUGACUCCUGUGUCUAUUUCUGGAGUUUACCCUUCUGAAAACAAGCCAUGGCAUCAGACUACAGUUUCUGCAUUGGCUGCCAACCAGCCUGUUCCUCUUUGUCUUCCUGCUACCAUUUCUACUCAAAAUAUUCUUGAGCUUUCCACCUCUGAAAGUGAAUCAAGUGUGCUUGGUGCCACCAGUGGCUCACUGAUUGCUGUUUCUGUUGGGCCUGAACCUCCCCAACAUCGUUCCUUGCAUACAAGUCUAAAUGAUCAAAAUUCUUCUGAAAAUAAGAAUGGGCAAGAGAGCCCGAAAUUGUUGAACAAAACUGUCCCUUGUGCCACAAACAUUCCCUCCAGCUCUUCAGCAACUGCCACUAAAGUGAACUAUGGAGGCAAGUCCUGCCUGAGCAUACAAGAUUUCACAAGUGAUUUUCAAACCACCUUUGUUGUUUCAGUUACCACCACAAUUUGCUCCCAGCCUCCCAGAUCUGCAGGUGAUUCUUGUCCGGUGGUUAUAAGCAAGGGUGCAGACUCGACAAGUGUUACCACAGUGGUUGCCCCAUCUGCCCCUGGAGGAGGGAAGACCACCACUUCUGUGGGCAGUCUUUCUGCAAACCCUUUGGAUAAUAGUUGGACUCUUUCUUGUUCUUUGCCUUCGUCAGCUGUUAGUGCUUCAGAUUUGAAAAACAUUAAUAGCCUUACCCGAAUUUCCUCAGCUGGAAACACACAGACAACGUGGACUACUUUGCAACUGGCGGGAAACACUAUUCAGCCCUUAAGCCAGACACCGUCUUCUGCUCUGACUCCAGUGUUAAAUGAAUCUGGUACUAGCCCCACCACAACCAGCCGCAGUAGACAUGUGGCUACAGGCAUCAACUUGAAUAAUUCCUUUCCAGUAGAUGGGCAGCCAGUUGAGCAAGUAGUUGUAACCUUGCCUUCUUGUCCAUCUUUACCUAUGCAGCCACUAAUUGCCCAGCCACAAGUUAAAUCUCAGCCUCCAAAAAAUAUCCUUCCAUUGAAUUCAGCAAUGCAGGUGAUUCAGAUGGCUCAGCCAGUCGGAUCAGCUGUUAAUGCAGCUCCAGCCAAUCAAAACGUUAUCAUUCUUCAGCCACCCAGCACCACCCCAUGCCCAACAGUGAUGAGGGCAGAGGUUCCCAACCAAACCGUAGGUCAACAGAUAGUAAUUAUACAGGCAGCUAAUCAGAAUCCUUUGCCACUCCUCUCAGCUCCACCUCCUGGUUCUAUUCGACUCCCUGUCAAUGGAGCCAGUGCUAUAAUAGGGUCUAAUUCAAUGCAAAAUAUUUCAACCCCACAAACUUUUGGAGGAAAGCAUCUUGUCCACAUAUUACCAAGACCUUCAUCUUUAUCAACAUCUAACUCAACACAAACUUUUUCUGUUACCAUGUCAAACCAACAACAGCCUCAAACCAUUUCUUUAAAUGGACAGCUCUUUGCUUUGCAGCCUGUGAUGUCUUCAUCAGGAACUACAAACCAAACCCCUAUGCAAAUUAUUCAACCCACCACCAGCGAAGAUCCAAAUACCAAUGUUGCCCUGAAUACAUUUGGCGCUUUGGCCAGCCUCAAUCAAAGCAUAUCACAGAUGGCUGGGCAAAGCUGUGUACAGUUGUCUGUUAGCCAGCCUGCCAAUCCUCAAACUGCUGCAAAUGGUCAAACCACCCCAGCAAACUGUGUUUCAUUAACAGCAACUGUAGCAUCUCCCAUGACAACAGAUAAUUCAGCCACACUACCCAGUAUUUAUAAUCUAGUGACUACUCCUUCGGUGAACACUGUAGCUGGUUUGCCUAAUGUGAAGUCGAAAAGGUUGAAUAAGAAGCCGGGUGUCAAGAAACAUUUAGUAGCUAACAAGUCAGUGUGCUCCCUGAAUCCAGUCAGAGAUGUGGGCAAGGCAGACUGCCCCAGCACUGAAGGCUUGGCGGGGCCACCAUGUAAUGAUGGACUGCUGGAAAGCCCCCCUGUUGUGUUACCAUCUGUCACUAUGUCCCAGGCGAAGAGUACUGUAAGUGUUUCUGGUUCACAUUCUUUGGAUGUUCCGAAUUCUGAAUCAGCGAUACCUGAGUCUGUGCCCAAAUCUAAGUCAGCAGAAGAGUCUAGCUUAUCCUCCCAAGAAUCUGUAACAAGUGAACAUUUUGCAAUGACCCCAGCAAAAUCCAAAGAUUCUGCCCCUGUUUUGCAACGAGAGACAUCUCAGGAUAAGCCACCAACUAGUUUAGCAUUGCCAGAUACUGCCAAAUCCUGUACUUCAGCCAACGUGUUGAUUCCAUCACCAAGUGAUGCCCACAUUUUGGUUUCUCAGGUUUCUGGUUUAUCAUCUACCAUGAGCACUGUAAGUACUGACUGUGUUUCUGAGGUAGAAAUCAUUGCUGAACCCUGCAGAGUUGAGCAAGAUUCAUCAGAUACAAUGCAAACCACGGGUCUCUUAAAGGGGCAAGGUUUAACUGCAUUGCUCUCUGGUUUUGCUAAAGAAAAAGACCCUCAGAAAUCUCUUUCAGUCCAGGUGGACCACCCUGACUUUUCUUCAGAAAAUUCUAAAACGGUUGAUUCAAGUGUUGAUUUACAUCCUAAACAGGACCUGCUACUGAUGAGCAGUGAUGAUAGAGAUCCAGGACAGCAUCCUUCCUGCAUCUCUGAUCAGGAGGUUAUUCAUGGUUCUUUGCUCACCAGUAGACAGACUGACUCUCCCAUGUCAACCAGCUCUGGCAGUAGUCGUAGUUUCUCAGUUGCAUCCAUGCUGCCUGAAACAACUAGAGAGGAUGUCACCAGCAAUGCAACAACUAAUACAUGUGACAGCUGUACCUUCGUAGAGCAAACUGAUAUAGUUGCUCUUGCAGCAAGAGCUAUUUUUGACCAGGAGAACCUGGAGAAGGGAAGAGCUGGCACCCAGGCUGAUUUAAGGGAAGUUACUUCAAAACCUUCUGAAGCAUCAUCUUUAGAGGGAGACCAGCCUUUCAAAGCACAGACCUCUAAAGACAAUGGCCCAGGACAGGCAGAAGCAACACCAAAUGAAUUUAAUUCUCAGGAGUCAAUUGAAGUAACUAUGGAUAGGCCCCUUGAAAAAUCAAGUUGUUCUGCAGGAAUUAAAACAUCAACUGCCUCUUUACAGGUUUCGACUUCUCAGCCACCAAGCAUCACCAGUUUAAGUGUGAAUAAUCUUAUCCACCAGAGCAGCAUCAGCCAUCCUCUUGUCAGCUGUGCUGGUUUAUCUCAAACUUCAGAGCAAACAACUAUUCCUGCUACGGUUAAUUUGACUGUUUCAUCAACUUCCUAUGGCAAUCAGCCUCCUGGACCAUCUCUGAUGACUGAAUAUUCCCAAGAACAACUAAACACUAUGACUGGUACCAUACCAAAUCCACAGAUUCAAGAGCCACUCUUAAAGCCGGGUCAUGAAAGCCGUAAAGAUUCUGCUAAGCGUGCUGUCCAAGAUGACCUUCUGCUGUCUUCAGCUAAACGUCAAAAGCAUUGUCAGCCAGCCCCACUUAGGCUCGAAGGUAUGUCCCUGAUGAGCCAAACUCCAGACAACAUUUCUGAUCAAACUCAAAUGAUGGUUAGUCAGAUCCCUCCCAACUCUUCAAACUCAGUUGUGCCUAUUAGCAACCCAGCACAUGGAGAUGGCCUUACACGAUUAUUUCCACCUAGUAACAACUUUUUGGCCCCUGCAUUGAGACAAACUGAAGUUCAGUGUAGCUCUUCAGUUGCUGAGCAGCAGCAAACCCAGGCAGGUCAACAUCUGCAGGCCCUGCAACAGCAUGUUCCAGCUCAGGGGGUAUCUCAUCUGCAUAGUAACCAUCUCUACUUAAAGCAGCAGCAGCAGCAGCAGCAGCAGCAGCAGCAGCAGCAGCAGCAGCAGCAAGCAGGGCAGUUAAGGGAGAGGCAUCACUUAUAUCAACUGCAGCAUCACAUACCUCAUGCAGAGACCUCUGUCCACUCUCAGCCCCAUAAUGUCCACCAACAGAGAACUUUGCAACAGGAAGUUCAGAUGCAGAAAAAGAGGAAUCUUGUUCAGGGUGCUCAGGCCUCUCAGCUUUCCUUACAACCGAAGCACCAUGGAACUGACCAGUCCCGACCAAAGAGUGGUCAGCCACAUCCCCACCAUCAGCAGAUACAGCAACAGAUGCAGCAACACUUUGGAAGCUCCCAGCCAGAGAAGAGUUGUGAAAACCCUUCAACUAGCCGGAACCACCAUAACCAUCCCCAGAACCAUAUCAAUCAAGAUAUUAUGCACCAGCAACAGGAUGUUGGAAGCAGGCAGCAAGGUUCAGGGGUUUCUUCUGAACAUGUAUCUGGGCAUAAUCCAAUGCAGAGGCUCUUGACAUCCAGAGGCAUAGAGCAGCAAAUGGUGUCCCAACCAAGUAUUGUGACUAGACCUUCAGACAUGACCUGUACUCCACAUAGGCCAGAGAGAAAUAGAGUUUCAAGUUAUUCUGCUGAGGCCCUCAUUGGAAAGACAUCCUCUAAUUCAGAGCAGAGAAUGGGUAUAUUGAUUCAGGGUUCUAGAGUUUCAGAUCAGCUUGAAAUGAGAAGUUACCUUGAUGUUCCCAGAAAUAAGAGUUUGGCCAUUCAUAAUAUGCAGGGUCGUGUGGACCAUACUGUUGCCUCAGAUAUCCACCUUUCUGACUGUCAGACAUUUAAACCAAGUGGAGCCAGUCAACAGCCCCAGAGUAAUUUUGAAGUACAAUCUUCAAGAAAUAAUGAAAUAGGUAAUCCUGUAUCUUCAUUGAGGAGUAUGCAGUCCCAGGCUUUUCGAAUUAGUCAGAAUCCUGGUCCACCACCAAUUGACCGCCAAAAGAGAUUACCUUAUCCGCCAGUUCAGAGCAUCCCAACGGGAAAUGCUAUCCCACCAAGGGACAGUGAAAAUACAUGUCAUCAAAGCUUCAUGCAGAGUUUACUUGCCCCUCACCUCGGUGAUCAGGUCAUUGGGAGCCAGAGAUCACUUUCAGAACAUCAAAGGAACACACAGUGUGGUCCAUCCCCUGCAAUUGAAUAUAAUUGUCCUCCAGCUCAUGAAAGUGUCCAUAUCAGAAGAGAGAAUGAGAAUCAGAAUAGGGAAAGUUGUGACAUGUCCCUAGGUGCAAUUAACACCAGGAACAGCACCUUGAACAUUCCUUUCUCGAGUUCUUCCUCAGGAGAUAUUCAAGGACGAAACACAAGCCCCAAUGUUUCUGUACAGAAGUCCAAUCCCAUGAGGAUUACUGACAGCCAUGGGACCAAAGGCCACAUGAACCCUCCAGUCACAACCAACAUGCAUGGGGUUGCAAGGCCAGCUUUGCCACAUCCAUCUGUGUCUCAUGGAAAUACUGAUCAAGGGCCUCCUGUCCGUCAAACUAGUUCUUCAGUUCCCCAGCGCUCAAGGCAUCCUUUGCAAGACAGCAGUGGUUCCAAAAUCCGUCAGCCUGAAAGGAAUCGUUCCGGAAACCAAAGGCAUAGUAAUGUCUUUGAUCCAAGUCUUCCCCAUCUUCCUCUGUCUACUAGUGGCAGUAUGAUUCUUGGACGCCAACAACCCACUACAGAGAAAAGAGGAAGUAUUGUUCGUUUCAUGCCUGAUAGCCCACAAGUACCUAAUGAUAAUUCAGUACCCGACCAGCAUACACUAUCACAAAAUUUUGGUUUUCCUUUUAUUCCCGAGGGUGGCAUGAAUCCACCAAUAAAUGCUAAUACUUCUUUCAUUCCACAAGUUACCCAGCCUAGUGCCACUCGAACUCCAGCCCUCAUCCCUGUAGAUCCCCAAAAUACUCUACCUUCCUUUUAUCCUCCAUACUCUCCUGCUCAUCCAACACUGUCCAAUGAUAUUUCGAUCCCCUAUUUUUCGAAUCAAAUGUUCUCAAACCCUAGCACAGAGAAAGUAAACAGUGGAAGUUUAAAUAACCGAUUUGGAUCAAUUUUAUCUCCUCCAAGACCUGUUGGUUUUGCUCAACCAAGCUUUCCUCUUCUCCCUGAUAUGCCACCAAUGCACAUGACCAACUCUCACUUAUCCAAUUUUAAUAUGACAUCUCUGUUUCCAGAAAUAGCUACAGCUCUUCCUGAUGGCUCAGCAAUGUCACCUUUGCUUACAAUAGCAAACUCCUCUGCCUCUGACUCUUCCAAGCAGUCCUCAAACAGACCUGCCCACAACAUAAGCCAUAUUUUAGGUCAUGACUGCAGUUCAGCUGUUUAAAUACUGAUAGACUAAACAUAAGUGUAAUGGGUGAGAUUACAGAUGUAUUUAUGUGUGCAUGCACACAUACGGACACAUGAAGAGAGAAUGUGUGUAUGUCUUUGUGCUUGUAUAAUCAAUCAAUUUCCAGUUAUCUUCUGAAUGUAGGAAAGCCAUGUCAGAGAUGAUGUAAGUACUGGGUUGUCAAAAAAAUUAUCUUUCAUUUAAACUGCAUGGUGUGCUUUUUAAGUUUUCCAAGCAGAUUUACAUUUUCAAGUUUGAUUUGUAAUCUUCUAUUCCCUAAAUAUUAAUAAGCUGGAAGUUGGGGGAGAUCAUUUUGGCAUGGGCGGAGUAUUAGGAAGGAACCUAGAUUUUAAACUUGAUUGUUGAUAAUUUAUAAAAUAGUUGAAAUAGUUGAGUUGCUCUCCAAAAAUACAUAUAGUUCAAUAUAACCAAAUGCUUGCUGAUGUCAGUGUCUAGAACCGUUUCUUACUCAUGGCAGGUGUUGAAUUAAUAUAGAAUGAAUGUCCAUAGUUGUAAAGUCAAGCAGUUAGCAAAUAAGUGGGUUAUUUAAUCAGCCUUUAUUCCCAAGAUUUGGUUUAGGUAGAGGCUUCUUUCUUAAUUAUAGCAAUUUGUAAAUUAUCUGAAUUUUGUGUCCUGGUCUUCAAAUUAGGGAGCCAUGUUAUUCUUUAAUGUGCCAAGAUCCUUUAAAGUAAAGGUCUUUCUUAAACAGCCUUAAAAAUAGAAAGCUUAAAAGAAAAGUACAUAGAUGUUCCAUUGUGUACUGCGUUUUGCAUCAGACCAUAAGGAUAAGAGCAGUUGUAUUGUGGAGUUUUGCAUAUGUUCAGUUAAAGAUUGUUGUUUCAUCAGUUAAGUUUUGUUUUUAUGUUCUCUCCAUUCUAUUUAUUGAUCGCGCAAUAAAUUCUUUUACAUUUGUUUAAUCAGUAGAGACUGAUCAGUAAAUAGUGUGUUUGGAAUCCACACAAUAAUUUGAGCCUUACUUUUUAAAUAUUUCUGAGCAGAGUCUUAAGCUCUUUCAUUAUUUUCAUUUACUGAUAUUUAUAUUUGAAAUACAUUAUUGUAUAUUGCAUUAUUAUCCAUCAUAGUAGAAUUACAAUGAGAAGAUGAAUUUGUUCAUUAUUUUUCUGAUGGUAGAUGUGAAAUGGUGCUUCAAAAAUUGUUUAUAUAUGUCCAUGUGUAUGUGUGAGUGUGUGUAUACACAGACAUAGAUUUUAAAGUAUAAACUGGUCAUUUAAAAAUAAGCUUGCCAUCUGAAAAUGGGAAAUUGAGACCUGAGACCUGCUGAAGUACAGAAAAACUUGAUGUAAGGGUUUGAAAAAGCCCCACUGAAUAUAAUAAACUUAAAAACAUAUGUA